AUGCUGAACAAACCCGUUAAGAAAGACUCAGAUAUUAGGCACAAUUAUGAUGAAGACACAUAUCUCAAAGCUUUGAAGAAAUUUACAAAGGAAUCUAGGGGUCUCACACCAGGAACUCAAGAGCAUACAAAUAUAAGAAACAAAAUCUAUGCUGAAUUAAGAGAAUAAAAGGCUAAAGAAGCACAACAAAUCAAAUAAAGCAAAGAAAUGUUUAAAUAGCAUCAAUAAGACAUGGUAGUUGCUGAAUUCAGUUCAUUCUAUUGCCUGCUAAUUGUCGUGCCUGAAUCAAUUGAAUGUUAUGAAACAGCCCAUAUUUUGAGAUACUAUGAUUUUCCGAUCAACAUUGAAGAAGACAAUAUCUUAAAGCAAGAAGUUAAAAAAGAAAUGGGUUUCAGGAAAGAUGAUUAGUAUCCAUUGCUGUUGAUUGAUUCUUCAUCAAAUGAAAUGCCUAGUUGCGAACUCACUACCCAGUAUUAAAUCACUUCUUUUCUGGAAUUUUUGGACUAGAAUGUUACUCCUUUGAUCGAAGAUAUUUACAAAGAUUUCAGACCUUUGAUGCAAUUUUAUCUCCACCCAAAGCAUUUCAAAAAGGCCAAUAUUGUGCAAGAGCCAGGCAUUUUCCUUAGAUCUUAUCUGUCUAAAAUGAGCAAGAGAGAAAAAUAUGCCAAGUUACAAAAGUAGUUAGAUGUGUUUGUAGAAAGACUUCAGGGAAAUCUUUAUCAUGGAGUCGAUAGACCAGAUGCAGUAGAUUUUAGACAUAGCCAUACCUUCACUCUUAAGAAUAUAUUCUUUGCAAGAGGAAAGCAAGAUAAAUUGCAGUUGUGGUUUAAAAACAUGGAUAAAGUCUGCUAGAAUAGAACUACCAUCUGA